CAUUCCCACCCUCUUACUCCCACGCAAUCUCUCUCUCUCUCUCUCUCUGCAUAUGUACCUACCUCACCUCGUAAGCCCAAAAGCCCGAAAGUCUAGAAAAGAUUACCCUCUUUCUUAUGUUUCAGCCGUCGAGCUCAAUCGAAAGACAGAAUCAAAUGCGAUCGAUACCAGAACUAAAACCAGCGGCAGCCGCAACUCAAUAUGUAAUACAUCUCUCUCCACCAACAUCUUCUCCAACAACAACAACAUCAACAUGCGAAGCACAUGCUUGCAGGUGGCAGCCCUACUCUAAUUCCAGAGAUUUUGAAGCAAACGCUACUAUAGUCCUCAUCGUCCUCCUCUGCUCUCUCGUCUGUGCGCUGGCUCUCAAUGCCACCAUCCGCUGCUUCCUACGCGGCGGCCGAAGUCACCCACCACCUGACAGCAGCCUUCCCCAAAAUGAACAGCAACAACAUCAUCAGCGGAAGACCUCCAUGCAGAAAGAUGCAGUUGAGGAUCCAUUGGUGGCAGCUCCCACGGUGGUCUUCUCGGUCGGGAUGAAUCUGGCUGGGGCGGAGGCCGAGUGUGCCAUUUGCUUGUCGGAGUUCGUGGAGGGAGAGGGCAUUCGGGUGUUGGUAAGGUGUAAGCAUGGAUUCCACGGGCAGUGCAUCGAGGAGUGGUUGUCCUCCCGCUCCUCUUGCCCCACUUGUCGCAGCGGUUGUCUCCCUUCCCCUCCAUCUUCACGAGAAGACACGGAACCCUGCCAAAGGAGUAGCAUCCAACAAAACCUCCCAACCGCCUCCGCUGCAACUGCAACUCUCUCAUGAUUACGAUUCGGAGGUGCUAUAUAUGUAUAUUUCCAUGUCCUACUGCAGCUGGCUCGCUAGCCAGCAAUAAUUACUAGGAGUAAUAAUAAUUUGCAUGAUUUUCUUCCACUGGAGAAAGUAAUGCUUAUGCAAUAUUAUCUUUGGCUAUCAACUACAUAAGCACAAAGAACCUGGAAAUGUAUCACAUUUAAAGAUCAUCUAUGUCGACAUGAGUGAAUUAACUUUGCUUUCCGACCAUUUUAAUCGUUUCGGGUUAAAUAAGUACGGAAUAUGUUUGAGAAACUGAUCCUUAAAAUAGGAAGAAAGAAGGAUCAGCAGUUUAAAGCUAAAACUCUCUGAACAGACAGGAAUCGUUCCAUCUUCACAGUAAUCUGUAAUGGUCAGAGAGCCAUGUGAACACUAAGCGUUUCACCUUCAGUCGUUGUACAAACCGCAUUCAUGCAUUAUACCCAACACCUCAGA